GAGAGGUACAGAGGGAAAGAGUGAACGGAGGAGCCGUCGGAUCCCGGAGCAUCAUGGCACCUCUCGGGCUCAAGGCGAUUGUUGGAGAAAAGAUUAUGAAUGAUGUCAUCAAGAAGGUGAGGACGAAAGGAGAAUGGAAGGUCCUGGUGGUGGACAAACUCAGCAUGAGAAUGAUCUCAUCCUGCUGCAAAAUGACAGAUAUUAUGUCAGAAGGAAUCACAAUUGUCGAGGACAUCACCAAACGACGCGAGCCCCUUCCCACCAUGGAGGCCAUUUAUCUUAUAACCCCCUCUGAUGAGUCUGUGGAAGGACUCAUCAAUGAUUUCAGAGACCCCCGUAACCCCAUAUAUAGAGGAGCUCAUGUCUUCUUUACAGAUGCGGUCCCUGACUCUUUGUUCAACCUGCUGACCAAAUCCCGUGCGGCCAAAGUGAUGAAGACGUUGACUGAAAUUAACAUCGCCUUCCUCCCGUAUGAGUCACAGGUGUUCUCUGUGGACAGACCCGGUGCCUUUCAGGAUUUCUACAGCCCUUUCAAAGCAGACGUGAAGCCGCAGAUGCUGGAGCGUUUAGCUGAGCAGAUCGCCACUCUCUGCGCCACACUGAAAGAAUACCCCGCCGUCAGAUACAGAGGAGAGUACAAGGACAAUGCAGUUCUGGCCCAAAUGCUGCAGGACAAACUGGACGGCUACAAAGCUGAUGACCCCACUAUAGGAGAGGGACCAGAUAAGGCUCGUUCUCAGCUGUUGAUUCUGGACCGAGGGUUUGACCCAGUCUCUCCUGUGCUGCAUGAGCUCACCUUCCAGGCCAUGGCCUAUGACCUGCUGCCCAUUGAGAACGACGUCUACAAGUACGAGACUACUGGAAUGGAAGAUACUCGUAUGAAGGAGGUGCUGCUGGAUGAGGAUGAUGACCUGUGGGUCACACUCAGGCAUAAACACAUUGCUGAAGUUUCCACGGCUGUAACUAAAUCACUGAAGGAGUUCUCUUCCAGUAAGAAGAUGAACACAGGGAGAAAAGGUGCAUUAGCAGCUGAUACCACCAUAAAGGAACUGUCCCAAAUGCUGAAGAAGAUGCCCCAGUAUCAGAAAGAACUGAGCAAGUACUCCACUCAUCUGCACUUGGCAGAGGACUGUAUGAAACACUAUCAGGGCACAGUGGACAAGCUGUGCCGUGUGGAGCAGGAUCUGGCCAUGGGUUCAGAUGCUGAAGGAGAAAAGAUAAAAGAUCCGAUGAGAGCCAUCGUGCCCAUCCUGUUGGACACCAGCGUGUCCAUCUUUGACAAGAUCCGCAUCAUUCUCCUCUACAUCUUCCUCAAGAAUGGUGUAACGGAGGAGAACCUGUGUAAGCUUCUGCAGCACGCACAGAUCCCUCCAGAAGACAGCGAUAUAAUCUCCAACAUGGCUCACAUGGCAGUUCCCAUCAUCUCAGAGCAAACCACAACACGUAAGAAGAAGGCUGACCGUAAAGAAAGAAUCAGUGAGCAGACCUACCAGCUCUCCAGAUGGACUCCUCUGGUCAAAGAUAUCAUGGAGGAUGCUAUUGAAGACAAACUGGACCCAAAGCAAUACCCUUACAUCUCCACACGCACAGCCUCCGCCAAAACCACAACAGCUACCAGUGCUCGCUAUGGGAACUGGCACAAGAAUAAAAGCCCUGGGGAAAUGCGAACGGGUCCACGAGUCAUCGUCUUCAUCGUCGGGGGCGUUACCUACAGCGAAAUGCGCUGCGCUUACGAGGUCACGCAGGCCAACGGCAAAUGGGAGGCCCUCAUCGGUUCCACCCACACUAUCACUCCCAGCAAGUACCUGAAGGACCUUCAACACCAAGACUUCCUGGACCCAAAUGCUGCCCCAGAGGACAAGCUAACUGCCGAGGACUGAGGGCGGGACACACAGAGAGUGGGAGAGAGAGAAAGAGAGAGAGAGAAACACCCAUCACAACCACCUUUCCUGAGCUGGGCCCCAUCCAGCAGAGCCCAGGGGAGAAGAUGAGUCCUAUCAUAAUGCUCUAAAUGCUCAGCUUUGUAUCCCGGGCCC